GUGUGGAUUCAGUGUUGAGGAAUGGGUGACAAAAAGAAGACUUUUAUGUUCGUUCGGCUUGUCUCGGCUGCUGGGACUGGAUUCUUCUAUGUCAAGAAGAAGAGUGCCAAGAAAGUUUUGGAGAAGCUUGAGUUCCGAAAAUAUGACCCUCGUGUGAAUCGUCAUGUUCUGUUUACAGAAGCGAAAAUGAAGUGAGGAAACCUUUUAAGUUCAUGCUUUGUGUUAUUUUUUAUCUUUGAGUCACUAUGCGGUUGAUUAUUUGGACAGUUCUUGACUUACUUAAAUCUGAAUAAAUAUUUUUGUUGUGGA